GCUCUCCUUGGUUAUGGAUGUGCGCUGAAGUCGGGGCUCCACAGGAAGAAAGGGACGGACGUCCUUCAGGAGCUGCGGACGCGCGCGCACCGCUGGAGGCAGUCGAGCUGCAGACCGGAGCUUCUUUAAAGCAACUCUGGCUGGUGUUGGCAGCGGCAGAGGCAGGGAGGACGGCGGAGCUGAGGGUGGGCAUGACUCCGAGCGCAGUCUGCACACAUUCAACACUCUGAAGUAUGCGUGCGGCGCGGGCGGAUCGGGGCUCCUCCGGACUGCUGCGCACAGGUGACUGACUGACUGACCGGGAGAAACGCGGCGGCGUUGGCUCCCCCGGUGCCCGCUUCACCGCUUCACCCUGCCCGAUCCGGUCUGGCAGGUGCAGCAGUCGGGGAGAGGGGCGGAGGAGCCGCCGCUUAAUUAACUGUCAGCGCGGAAUAGCGCGAGUGACCGCGGAGACAAAGACGCACCAAAGAGGACACAAUGUCAAAGGACACGAGAGGAAAAGGUACGCAGAUUCUGCUGGUAACAGGCUCAUCAAGAAAACACAGUGCCACUCACUGGUGUCUGCAGAAUAUCGCUCAAGAGUCUGUGGACAGCUCUGAUGAGGAGUUCUUCGAUGCCAGAGCAGAUGUUAUGGAAGGGAAGAGCGCCAUUCUGCUCGGCAUGAGUCAGUGGAACUCCAAUGACCUGGUGGAGCAGAUCGAAACUCUUGGACAUAUGGAUGACCAGUCCCACGAGGGUCUGUACCAGUUGGGGGGUCCGCACUGUCCUCCUCAGAGCAGCAUAGAAGGGAUGGAAGGUUCAGAGAGAAAGUGUAAGACGCACGUGCUGCUGCUCGUGGUGCACGGAGGGAACAUCCUGGACACAGCAGGCGGAGACCCCAGCACAAAAGCGCGUGACGUGGCCACGUUGGCCUCGGUGCUGGAGAAGGUGACUCGGGCGCACUUCCAGGCUGCUGCAGAGCAUGUAAUGAUCAAGCUCGUGCCAUGUCCAGCCGUGUGCUCUGAAGCUUUCUCCCUGGUGUCCAACCUGAACCCAUACAGCUACGACGAGAGCUGUGUGUCGAGCAGCGUGGACCACUUGCCCCUGGCUGCCCUCCCCCUCCUCGCCAUUGUGUCACCACGCUACCAGGAUGCGGUGGCAACUGUCAUCGACAGGGCCAACCAGGUUUAUCGCAGCUUCCUGCAGUCUGAAGAUGGCCAGGGCUUCACGGGUCAGGUUUGCCUGAUGGGUGACUGUGUGGGCGGAGUGCUGUGCUUUGACGCUUUGUGCUUCAGCAACCACCCGAGGCCUGGCAGUCCCAACAACAACAGCAGCAGGAACAACAGCACCGAGAGCCUGAAGGAUGGCUCCGGGCUGAUGCAGGUCUCCGGUCGGGGCCUCAGUUCCAGCAAGAGGCUGAGCAAGAGCAACAUCGACAUUUCUGCUCCCAACAACGGCCAGGGCGGUCCUUCACUCAGCCGCAAGCAGAGCGACUCGUACGACGGAGACACCUCGUCCAGCGGACAGCGCAACUUUUUCUCCAGUUUGAUGAAGGAGGGCGUGGAGCUGCGUGGAGGCGGCAGCAUCAGUCUGGUGUUGAACCCUGGCCGCUUUGACUUUGAGGUGUCGGACUGCUUCCUGCUGGGCUGCCCACUGGGGCUGGUGCUGGCCAUGAGGCGGACUGUGCUGCCGGCGGUUCAGGUGAGCCAGCUUCGUCCCGCCUGUUCUCAGAUCUUCAACCUGUUCUACCCCUCGGAUCCUUCAGCCUCCCGCCUGGAGCCGCUGCUGCAGCCUCUCUUCCACAAGUUGCCCCCAUUUGCCGUCCCUCGCUACCAGCGUUACCCUCUUGGCGAUGGACGCACACAGCUCAUAGCGGAGAGCAUCCACGGCCAUCCGAGUGUGUUUUUGGAGACCGAGCGAUCCCACGGACCGAAAGCUUCCCAGCAGUCCUGCGAGACAAAGUCUGAAGGUGGAAGAGAAGUUGGUGGAGGUCGCAGUGUCAGUGUGACCAGUGAGGAAAGUGAAAUGUCAGUUUGCUCCCUGAGCCAGCUGGGAAACACUAUUGCAAACAUUUCCAGUGGCUGGUGGGGGUCAAAGAGGUUGGACUACGCCCUGUACUGCCCCGACGUGCUGACUGCAUUCCCCACGGUGGCUCUGCCUCACCUGUUUCACGCCUCGUACUGGGAGUCAACUGAUGUGGCCGCUUUUGUUCUGCGGCAGCUCAUGCAAUGCGACUGUGUGAAGACUCAGGAAGCGGACAACUUGGACUCGGCUCCUUUCUCUCCUUCCAGCCCACGCGAGAAAUGGCUUCGAAGGAGAACACACGUCAAACUACGGAACGUUACAGCAAACCACAGAGUGAAUGACGUCAUCGCCACUGAAGAUGGACCCCAGACUCUGGUCGGUCGCUUCAUGUAUGGCCCGCUGGACAUGGUCACGCUGACCGGAGAGAAGGUGGACAUCCUGGUCAUGACACAACCUCAGUCUGGCCGCUGGGUGCACUUUGACACGGAAGUGACCAAUAGCAGUGGCAGGGUGGUGUACACCAUAUCUCCCAGCAAGAAGCUUGGUCUGGGAGUCUAUCCAGUCAAAAUGGUGGUCAAAGGGGAUCAAACCAGUGCAGAGGCCUACCUGACGGUGUUGCCCCGGGGCAUGGAGUGUGUGGUCUUCAGCAUCGACGGAUCUUUUGCUGCCAGUGUCUCCAUCAUGGGCAGUGACCCAAAAGUCCGUCCUGGAGCAGUUGAUGUUGUCAGGCAUUGGCAGGACCUUGGUUACCUCAUCAUCUACAUCACCGGCCGACCUGAUAUGCAGAAGCAGCGAGUUGUGUCCUGGCUCUCGCAGCACAAUUUCCCUCAUGGGAUGAUCUUUUUUUCUGAAGGCCUGGUUCACGAUCCGCUGCGGCAGAAGACCAUCUUCCUCAGGAACCUGGUGCAGGAGUGCCACAUUAAAAUCAACUCAUCUUAUGGCUCCAUGAAGGACAUCUCAGUUUACAACAUGCUGGGUCUCAGCCCCUCACAAAUUUACAUCGUUGGCAGACCUUCCAAGAAAUACCAGAAUCAGUGUCAGUUUCUGAGUGAAGGUUACGCCGCUCACCUCUCCACGCUCCAGUUCGGCCACAGAGCGAGACCCAAGAAAUCUCCCUCCGUCCGUAUGGUGCUGCGCAAAGGUUCCUUUGGUCUGUCGGCGAAGCCCGACUUUCUGUGCAAACGCACCCACCUUCGGAGGACCAUGUCCGUGCAGCAGCCCGACCCGCCGUGCGCGCCUAAUCCCAAACCCGAGCGAGCCCAGAGCCAGCCAGAGACAGAUAAGGACCACGGCGGAGGAGGAGGCGGCGGCGGAGGGGGGCAGAGCGCAUGGGGACGAGCUACCAUGCAGCGUGGAGACACCACUCCCUGACGAAAGAAAAGAUGGAGAGAUUCUAUCGAUGAGGACAGAGGAGGAGAAAAAUGAAUAGAUAUUAGUGUCUAGGGCCAAGCAUGGUGUAUGUCUGUCGAGCAGUGGAUGCUGCUGUCUUGUCUAACUGCUCACUUUCACCUCCUGCUUGGCCCUCUACACUUCAUCAUGCCCGCUUGUUCUCCUCUGUGGAUGAUGUUGGAACUGCUGCGGAGGACGGAGACAACUUUUACCAACUUCUGUGUCUAGUUUUAGGAGUUUCUUAAUGUGUUUUAGUUCUCAAAUAUGAAAAUAAACUAUAUUGAUGCACACUCACAUCAUCCAUAGCAUAAAAAUAAACAGACUGCUCAGUUCUUUGAAGUUCUUCAUCACUUUACGCAAUCCUCGGACUCUCUAAAAGGCCGACUCCAGUAUUAACUCUCAUCUAAUGUAAAUACUCAACACACAUGUGCCCUUUGAAGGCCUUUGGAUGCAGAAGUUCAUUGACAUUUCGGAUCAAUCUGUAGCUCUGCAGCCGGCGGUGAAUCUAACUCUCCGUUUUGCUUCCACCGUUGGAUGUUUCUCGACUUGUAGUCCACUUCUCCCCCCUUGUAUUCCUCCCCUCGCUCCCCUCUCCUCAACAAGUGAGGCAGAACAUGUUUUGCGACAGCCAGCACAGUGUGUGUCUGCGGUCGCUGCAGGGCCGAGGUAUUCACAGCCCAGCUCCGGAGGUCACAUUCGCCCGGCGCCGCAGCAGCUCCAGAACAUUGCAUUCCCCUUGAAUUUGUAAGUCCUGCUUUGCUCUCUGCUCAUGCACAAUUCCUGCUUGUUAAUAAUUGCUUUGGCGGACUGAACAUAAAUAUUUGCAGCGAAAAGUGAUUGUUCAAGUGAAAAUGUUUACAAGGCUGAUAGAAAUUGUAAAAUACGGUAGCUUGCAACAAUGCUUUUGUUUUUUUUCUCCAAGAAGACUAGUUUAGCUGCUUGGUAGUUAUAGUAGUUUGCAGGAUUUCUUGCAGUAUUCUGAACUCGUGAUGCUCUUGCAUCACUUUAUCACAGCUGCACUGAGACCAAUGGAUAUUUGACACUUGUGCAUUUGAAGCUGAUGUGUGUGCUGUAAGGUAAAAAAAAAAAAUCUGUGAAAGGUGAGGAUAUUUUUCUACACAUUGUAUAUAAAGCUAUUUUCAAUGUAUGUUUUUUGAACGUUUUCUUUGACUUGUACAGACGUUGAUUUUUGCCUUAAAGUGUGUUUGAUGUGUAGAGAAUCUAGAUUAUAACGCUGACGAUGUGCACUUUUCGUUGUUGAAAUUAGUUUACAUGUGUGUGUGUGAUUGCGAGUGUGUGUGGGUGUUUGUUGUGUUAAUUGGAGGACGGCCGUGUUGAGUCAAAGCCUCUGCAGUGGAUCUGGAACAUGAGGGCAGGACCACUGCUGGCGUUUCGGCAUAUUUUCUUUUGCUGCAGCUCACUACUGCCGGUUUUUCAUGUAUUUUUAAACAAUUGGAUCGAAGAAGCUGUGUCAGAAGAUUACGCCGUCGAGGUUUUUUGAAAGAGAAGAGGCUUAUCAGUACUUAGAGUGUCUUGUUUUUGCUGGAAAAGCUGCACAGCAAAAGCGGAGCGUGCCGUCCAGGAGGGAACUAUCUUUAACUCCUUUCAGUUCACCUCCUGCACCCAAUACAUAGCCCGGUAAUUAGCAGUUUGAUUUCAAGCAAGUACGCAGGAUUCCCAGCAGCGUCGCCUCUGUAAUUGCAGUGCAGCAAUUAACAUUCCUUCAUGACUGUUUAAUACAAUAAAACGGUGCUGGAAUCCUCCGUUUUAUUGUGCACUUAGACAAACGGUCUAAAAAACUGAGAAUCGAAAAGUCAUUCCAUUCCCUCAAUCUGUACAUUUAAAAACUUAUUAUAUGCAAUAAAAAGGAGUAAAAUAUUCAAUCUGGAAAUUAAUCAACAUAAUAAUGGGGGAGAAAAGUAAUCUGAAGGUAAUUUGAUCACUACGGGCAACCAUUGGUGAUGUUUACCAUUCUCCAUAGAUAUAUUUAUUUAUUCAUAGACGGUAAUAAACCGAGAGACUAUCAAAGGAAGCGCAGAGGGAUUCCAGGUGUUUGAAUCUGUUUCCUGAAUUGAAAUAACAGCAUUAUAAAAUACCCCACUGUUGUAAACAAAACAGUAAUCUUUGAGACAUUACUCACUGAAUCAAUUCCUGUUUUUGGAUAUGUCAAGAUAAUAAAUAGACAUUAAAAAAAGACAUUAAGAAAACACGUAUAUCUCAACAUUAUGUCUUUACAAUAAUUCUAAUUAUGGAGGUUUUGUUAAUGAGUUGUAAAUGGAUCUUUGUAAAAGAUUUGACUCCCAGUUUAACCCCCUGUUGUACUGCUGCAGAGAUUAUUGUUUUGUACAGAUCUCCUGUAACGAUGACUAUAUUACUGUGUUUGUUGGACACAGUCUGUCUUUCAUAUUAUAUGAAUAAAGAUAUCUCACAGUUGAUGAA